CGGCUCGCGGACCUCUGCCAUGGCGUCGCUCACCGUGAAGGCCUACCUUCUGGGCAAGGAGGACGCGACUCGCGAGAUCCGCCGGUUCAGCUUUUGCUUCAGCGCGGAGCCGGAGGCGGAGGCCGAGGCCGCGUCCGGCCCCCCGCGCUGCGAGCGGCUGUUGAGCCGGGUGGCCGCCCUGUUCCCCGCGCUGCGGCCCGGCGGCUUUCUGGCCCACUACCGCGAUGAGGAUGGAGACUUGGUUGCCUUUUCCAGCGAUGAGGAGCUGACAAUGGCAAUGUCCUACGUGAAGGAUGGCAUCUUCCGGAUUUAUAUUAAAGAGAAGAAGGAGUGCCGGCGGGACCACCGACCCCCAUGUGCUCAGGAAGCACCCCGCAACUUGGUGCACCCCAACGUGAUCUGUGAUGGUUGCAGUGGGCCAGUGGUGGGGACACGCUACAAGUGUAGGGUCUGCCCUGACUAUGACCUGUGUGCUGCGUGUGAAGGGAAAGGCUUGCACAGAGAGCACAGCAAGCUUGCCUUCCCCAGUGCCUUUGCGAACCUCUCCGAGGGCUUCUCUCAUAACCGUUGGCUUCGGAAGCUGAAACAUGGGCACUUCGGGUGGCCUGCCUGGGACACGUGCCCACCGGGGAAUUGGAGCCCACGGCCCCCUCGAGCAGGAGAUUCCCGUGCCAGCCCCACAGCAGAUUCAGCUUCUGGUCCAUCAGAGGAUCCCAGUUUGAAUUUCCUCAAAAAUGUAGGGGAGAGCGUGGCUGCUGCCCUCAGUCCUCUGGGUAUUGAGGUUGAUAUUGAUGUGGAACAUGGUGGGAAAAGAAGCCGCUUGACACCUGUCUCCACAAGCAGCUCCAGCACUGAAGAGAAAUGCAGCUCACAGCCAAGCAGCUGCUCUUCUGAUCCAAACAAAUUGGAGGGGGAUGUGGAGGGUGCACAGGGUCUGGCAGAGCAAAUGAAGAAGAUCGCCUUGGAGUCAGGGGUUCAGUCUGAGGAACAGAUGGAGUCUGAUAACGGCUCAGGAGGAGAUGAUGACUGGACUCAUUUGUCUUCAAAAGAAGUGGAUCCAUCUACAGGUGAACUCCAGUCUCUGCAGAUGCCUGAAUCUGAAGGGCCAAGCUCUCUGGAUCCUUCUCAGGAAGGGCCCACAGGACUAAAGGAAGCUGCAUUGUAUCCACAUCUUCCACCAGAAGCUGACCCCCGGCUGAUUGAGUCCCUCUCCCAGAUGCUGUCCAUGGGCUUCUCUGAUGAAGGCGGGUGGCUCACCAGGCUCCUACAGACCAAGAAUUAUGACAUCGGGGCUGCCCUGGACACCAUCCAGUAUUCAAAGCACUCACUGUCAUUGUGACAGUUUUGUCUACCAGUUCUGUGUCCUCUGUCACAUAGUCGUGUUGUGCUAGUGUAGAACCCCAGGGCCUCUGCAAAGGCCACUUUAUCUGCAUUCUUCUUCCAGAAUCUGGGGGGUGGGGAUGCAUGAAGCCAUUUAGGGCUAGAGUAAGUGACAUGAGGGAGCUCCCAAUACAUUGUGUGUGUGUGUGUGUGUGUAAGAGGAACAGAGACAGAGGUGGUGUUGUGAUGUCUAAGAAACAUGGUCAGUUUUCCUUGGGUGCUUUGGCUCCACACAGCUGGGCCCCUGAAGCCCCAAGGUUCCCCAAGGCAGAGAGACUGUGCUAGGAGAGGCUAACACCACACCACAUCAUAUUCUUGCUCUUCCUGACAGAUUACACCAGCACUGCACACUGUAUCUUGCCUAAUGGCCUUCUGCUUUUUAAAAAAGUAACUAAUAGUAGACUGACAAGUAGUUUGAUUUCUGCUCCAGGUUUAGGCAGAGCACCAGCAGUAUUCUGUUGGGCAGGAUGAGACGGUCCUGCACAGUGCUGGAGGUGAGAAAGCCCAGGCUUCAUCUAUGGGUUGAAGGGCCGAGAAGGGGAGCUGAUGUUGGCGCUCGCUCACUGCUGCCUGUUACCACUGCAGUUCUCUUCCAGGUGUCUGUUUUGAAAUUAAGAAAAUCCCUUUGUAGCCAUUCUGUUACUAUAUUUGUAAAUGAUCUAAUUAAAUGGUAUAAGCACUUUAA